AUGCCGUCUGCGCUGGCUGUGUUCACGUGCCGACCAAACUCGCACCCGUUCCAGGAGCGUCAUGUUUACCUGGACGAGCCCGUCAAGAUCGGCCGGUCUGUGGCCCGCUGCAGACCCGCCCAGAGCAACGCCACUUUUGACUGCAAGGUCCUGUCCCGGAACCAUGCGCUCGUCUGGUUCGACCACAAGACCGGCAAGUUCUACCUCCAGGACACUAAGAGCAGCAAUGGGACCUUCAUCAACAGCCAGCGCCUGAGCAGGGGGUCUGAGGAGAGCCCGCCGUGUGAGGUCCUCUCCGGUGACAUCAUCCAGUUUGGGGUCGACGUCACAGAGAACACCCGGAAAGUGACUCAUGGAUGCAUUGUGUCCUCAAUCAAACUGUUCCUUCCAGACGGGAUGGAAGCCCGCCGGCGCAGCGAUGUCAUCCCGACUCCGCUGCCGCUGCCCUUAGACAAGGUUUCCGCCAACACUCCCAGUAUGUACUCUCAGGAACUGUUCCAGCUCUCCCAGUAUCUACAGGAAGCCUUACAUCGAGAGCAGAUGCUGGAACAGAAACUGGCCACUCUUCAGAGACUUUUGGCCACGACUCAAGAGGCUUCCGAGAGCAGCUGGCAGGCCUUGAUCGAUGAGGACCGGCUGCUCUCGCGGCUGGAGGUGAUGGGCAGUCAGCUCCAGGCCUACUCCAAGUCCCAGACGGAGGAGGGCAUUCGUAAAGAGCUGCUGGCGCUGCAGGAGGACAAGCACAACUACGAGACCACGGCCAAAGAAUCUCUGAGGCGAGUGCUGCAGGAGAAGAUCGAGGUCGUCCGCAAACUGUCGGAGGUCGAGCGUUCCCUGAGUAACACUGAGGACGAGUGCACUCACCUGAAGGAGAUGUCAGAGCGGAGUCAGGACGAGCUGCGAGAACUGGCCAAUAAAUACAACGCAGCUGUCAACGAGAUCAAGGAGCUCACAGACAAGAUCAAGGCUGCAGAGGCGCGAUACGACGAGCAGACUCAGAGGGGAGCAUCGGAGCGCAGGGAGCUGGAGCAGAAGGUGGAGGAGAUGGAGGAGAAGGAGCAGGUUCUUCAGGCCCGGAUCGAGGCUCUGCAGGCGGACAACGACUUCACCAACGAGAGGCUGGCCGCGCUGCAAGUGCGGUUAGAGCAACUUCAGGAGAAAAGUAUUAAGGAGAACAACAGUUUGGAUGUGGACAAAGAACCGAGCGAAGAGGUCGAAAAGAGCCAAGGAAAAAUGUCUCCUGUGGCCGAGGAGGAGAGCGAGUCUACAGAGGUCCUGGAUGUUCAGACUGAUCUCAUCCCCACGCUCCAGGAGCUACAGGAGCUACAGGAGCUACAGGAGCUACAGGAGCUCCAGGAUCUACAGGAGCCUGGACAGGACAAAAUAAUCCAAGAUGAAGAGGACACGGAUACAGACACCGACGGCGAACAAGACGAUGACAACUGUCACCUAAACAACAGCGGAGGAGACUCUACUCGAAUACAGCAGCUAAUUGAAUGUUCGCCCGUAAAACAGUCAGUCAGUGCUGCUCUUCACAAAAUUGCCAGAUUCGAUGAAGCGAUGGAUGCUCACCUCCAGAACAAUCAAACGUCUGAGGACGAGGACCUGGGCAGCCCGGACCGCCUCAAAGCAGGAAACGCGAUGGACGCAAAAGAGUCGGACAUGUCGGACACUCUGAGCCCAAGCAAAGACCGCAGCAGUGACGACACUUCAGAUGGAAACAUGGACGAACAGGACUUGAAUGAACCUCAGAACAGAGUGGCUUUGCUCAAAGCAGAGUUGCACAGAGCGGGGCUGGAGCCGUCGGACACAGAGCAGGUCAUUCACCACCUGCACCGCGAGCUGCUCGGGGCUCAGGAGAGAGCCACCGCCGGGAAAUACAAAUGCCAGCAACUGCAAGCUCUUCUGGAGGAGGAGCACAAGAACAACCUCCGGCUCACUGAAGAGUCCACCAAACAGAUCCAGUACCUGCAGAGUCAGCUAAUGAAGCUUCAGGCCGACAUGGAGGCUCUGAGGGAACAGAGGGAGAGCACCAUCUGCAGCACCAGAGAGGAGCUGUACUCUGCUCAGGAGGAGAUCCUGGUCCUUCGUCACGCCCUGGACUCUGCUUCGUCGGAGCGAGAGGGGGAGAUCUCUGCUCUUCAGUCCGACCUGUCGUCUGUGCGCUCAGAGCUGGACCAGUGGAGGGAGCAGGCCUCAAAGUACGAGCUGGAGAUCAGCCGCCUGCAAGAGGCCUUCAGUCAGCAGCAGACCAGCAACCACAGCCAAAUACAAGAGGAGUGUGUGUCGUUGCAGCAGAAGUGUGUGAGUUUGCAGCAGGACUGUGACGCGCUAAGAACUGAACGCACCACUCUGACUGACCGACUGCGCCACCUGGAGGACGAGCUCAGCAGCUCGAAGCAGCAGAGCCAGGUCCUGAGCUGCAGUCUGGAGUCUCUGGAGAAGCGUGAGGAGGUUCUUCAGGACAAACUGGGCUCUUUAGAAAACCAGCACCUACAAGACGCCAGCCGCCUAAAGACCCAGCUGGACCAGGCCCAGGAGCGCACCAGCACGCUCCAGAGAGAGUACGAGGACACGCGGUCGCAGCUGUCGGACCUGCGUCAGAGAUACGACCGCACAGAGAAGGAGAAGGUGAACAUCCAUCAGGAGCUGGAGCAGUGCAGGAGCAGCCUGAAGCUUCUGCAGGACAAGACCGCCGCUAGCGGCUGGAGCCCCUGGAUGCCGGUCGUCGCAGUGAUGGUCGCCGUGACAGCCGCCAUUCUCUACCCCAACCUCUCCAAGAGCAGCGCCACCUAG